AUGCCUAACGGUGGUGGUCAUGACACGCGUUUGACUGGAUUUGCUCAGCGUCCAGGAGAAGGUCGUUUGGGACGUAAAAACGUUUUCGCUCCUCAACUUUUACCAUUUGGUGAUGCGGCUACAUUUGAAGUCACGCUACCAGAAGAUGAUCAUACCACGUCCGCUAGACGAGCUCCUAGAGCUUUCAGAAUUAAAAUGAAAAGAGCUGGUGAAAUCAUUCUGAGCGAACUGCAUCAAUUCCUUGAAGGCCAAGGCGUACUCUCCCCGAACUGUUUGGCUGCAAUCAUGGCUCUUGACGUGCUUAUUCGUCACCUUCCAUCAAUGAAAAAUAUUACCGUUGGCCGUUCGUUUUUUACAAGGCAAGGGACCACGGCUCUGACCGGAGGUGUCGAAGUUUGGCAGGGCUAUUAUCAAUCAGCUCGUCCCACAAAAGGGAAAAUGUUGAUUAACGUUGAUUUGAGUGCGACCGCCUUCUACGAAGCAGGUUCAUUGGUAACCAUGGUUGUAAAAAUAUUAGGACGCCGUUCCGUUGACGAUCUCCACAGAGGAAUAACAGAUAAAGAUCGCUUCAAAUUAGAAAAAGCUUUAAAGAACUUAAAGAUUAGAGUUACUCAUCGAGGCGAAGAGACAUCUAAACGUCGUUUUAAGAUAAAUAAGAUCACACUCACCCCCGCAAAUCAGACCAGAUUCGAUAUGGGCGAUGGCCAAACUGUGGAUGUCGCAGCCUACUUUUUUAGAACUUACAACCAUAAAUUAACUUAUCCGCAUCUUCCGUGCAUUGUUGUGAAAAAAGACGUUUUUCUCCCUUUGGAAGUUUGUGAAGUCAUUGAGGGUCAACGUUAUAUCCGCAAGCUCAGUGAAAAACAAACCGCCGAUAUGAUUAGAUUUACUUGUCAGCCACCUCAUAUGCGUGCUAAUAGAAUUAAGCAAGGUAUCGAAAUUCUUAACUAUCGCGGUAACGAAUAUCUCCAACAAUUUGGUGUGACCGUUUCCAAUGAUAUGAUUAUGGCACCUGCACGUGUUAUUCCUACUCCCACGCUUCAAUACCAUCCUUCUUCCCGUGAAGCGAUAAUCGUUCCACGUGAAGGUUCUUGGAAUUUGAAAGAUAAAAAAGUUGCCCAAGGAGCUACGCUUGGUUCAUGGUCGGUAAUCACCUUCGGAACUGAUCAUGAAUUUCCUCUUCAAUCUGUUCAAGCAUUUUUACGUGAACUAAUUCUCACAUGUCAAGAUAAUGGAAUGGUAUGUGACGUGGAAUCCGCUCUUAAAACGGCAUGGCUUCGCGCUGGUAACGCAGCUAAGGCACAACCACAACUUAUUGUAUGUAUUCUUCCGAACACUGGAGUCCCUCUGUACGCGGAGAUAAAGCGUGUUACCGAUACCGUGAUCGGAAUCGCCAGCCAAUGUAUACAAAGUCGACACAUGAUGCAAGCUAAGAAGCAAUAUUGCGCGAAUGUUUGCCUUAAAAUUAAUGUCAAGCUCGGCGGUAUGAACGUUUUUAUUAGCCCUACGCAAAUCCCUUUUAUUACCGAUCGUCCGACAAUUCUUAUGGGCGCUGAUAUCUCUCAUCCUUCACCUGGUGAUCGUGCUCGUCCAUCUGUUGCCGCCAUUUGUGCAUCUUUGGAUGCUAAAGCAUCUCGUUACUCUGCAGCAAUUCGUGUUCAGAUGGGACGCACUGAAAUAAUUGCCGAUUUAGCAAAUAUGGUUAAAGACCUGUUAAGAAAUUUUUAUCAAACAUGCGGUAGAAAACCAGAACGAAUUCUCUUUUAUCGAGAUGGUGUCUCUGAAGGGCAGUUUGCUCAGGUUCUCGAAGGAGAAAUAAACGCAGUCAGAGCUGCAUGCUCCUCACUUAAUGAAUCAUAUAAGCCGACCAUUACUUUUGUUGUGGUUCAGAAGCGUCACCACACACGUCUCUUUCCUCUGGACAAAAAAGACGCAGAUAGAACUGGCAAUUGUCUUCCUGGCACAGUGGUUGAAUCAGUGAUCACACAUCCAUUCGAAUUCGAUUUUUAUUUGCAAAGUCAUGCGGGGUUGCAAGGAACAUCACGUCCAACUCAUUACCACGUUUUAUAUGAUGAAAAUAGAUUCACCACUGACGGCCUUCAGGCGUUAUCUUAUAACUUGUGUUAUAUCUACGCACGUUGCACUCGAGCUGUAUCUUUAGUUCCGCCAGUCUAUUACGCGCAUAUCGUUUGCAGGCGUGCAAGAUUCCAUUCCCGUGGUGAACAAUGGAGCGAUACUGAAUCUAUGGAAGAACUUCCGGGGCAAGUCUCUACUUUUGGUGUUGUAAAACCUGAAUUGGUUAGAACCAUGUACUUUAUGUAG